AUGUCUACUAAGUCCAAAUCUGGUGCUUCUGAAACCCACAACAAAAGAGCAUCACCAGCAACUCCCGUGGUCAGCAAGUCGAGCAGGGGAGUGGCCAAAUCUGAUGCUGAUUCGGCCUCUCCCCUGCAAAAUUCUCGACUUUCAGUUGAUCGAUCUUCAAUACUGGUCACUCCAAAGCCUGUAGUAGACCGGCGGUCUUCCAAGCCCAGUAACACACCUGAUAAAAAACCAGCUCGGACUUCAAAACCAUCGGAACUUCAGGAGGAAUUAAAUCUUGCUCGGGAAGAUCUUAAGAAGGCCAAGGAGAAGUUGGUUUUGGUUGAGAAAGAAAAAGCAAAAGCUCUUGAUGAAUUGAUUGAAGCACAGGGAUCAGCUGAGGAAGCAGAUGGGAAACUCAGAGAGGCGUUGGCAGCUCAAAAGCGGGCUGAAGAUAAUAUUGAGAUUGAAAAGUUCAGAGCAGUUGAGAUGGAACAGGCUGGCAUUGAAGCAACCAAAAAGAAGGACGAGCGAUGGCAGAGAGAGAUUGAAGCAGCGAGAACCCAGCAUGCAUUGGAUGUGGCAGCUCUCCUAUCUGCCAAUCAGGAACUUGAUAAGGUGAAGCAAGAGUUGGCUAUGGUUGCUGAUGCAAAAAACCAGGCACUCAGCCAUGCUGAGGAUGCAUCAAAAAAUGCAGAGAUUCAUGCAGAAAAAGUGGAAAUUCUUUCUGCCAAAUUGGUUCGAUUGAAAUCCAUGCUUGACUCGCAAGUUGAAAUGGAAGCUAAUGAGAACAGUAAGUUGGUGGAAGUACUGAAAUUGGAGAUCGAUACUCUGAGACAAGAACUUGAAAGGGCAAAUAUUAAUGAGGAGAAAUUGGCAGAGAGAGAGGUUACCUUAGAGCAACUUAAUAUUGAUCUGGAGGCUGUGAAAAUGGCUGAAUCUUAUGCACAUAAUUUAGUGGAGGAGUGGCAGAAGAGGGCUCAGGCAUUAGAAGUUCAGGCAGAGGAAGCAAAGAAAUUGGAGAUAUCUGCCUCAGGAUCUCUGAAAUCUGUCAUGAAACAACUUGAAGGAAGCAACAAUUCAUUGCAUGAUGCAAAAUCCGAGAUCGCAUUCCUUAAAGAGAAGGUGGGAUUGCUGGAAAUUUCAAUUAGAAGGCAGAAGGGAGAUCUGGAGGAAUCAGAAUGCAAUCUUGAGCUAGCCAAGGAAGAAGCUUCUAAAAUGAUGAAAAAAGUUGAAUAUCUUGUGUCUGAGCUUGAAACUGUUAGAGAAGAGAGAAUUCAGGCUUCGAACAAUGAGAAGCUUGCAGCUGACAGUGUGCAAACAUUAUUGGAAGAAAAACAUAAGCUCAUAAAUGAAUUGGAAAAUUCUAGGGAUGAAGAAGAGAAGAGCAAGAAAGCAAUGGAAAGUUUAGCAUCAGCCUUGCAUGACGUUUCUUCAGAGGCAAGAGAAGCCAAAGAGAAGCUAUUGUCAGUUCAAAUUGAGAAUGAAAAAUAUGAAACUCAAAUAGAAGACCUGAAGAUGGUUUUGAAAGCAACAAAUGAGAAGUAUGAAAGCAUGCUUGAUGAUGCGAAACAAGAGAUUGAGGCUCUAACUAACUCUCUUGAACAGUCAAAGCAUGAUCUCCAGUACUCAAAAACUGAGUGGGAGCAGAAGGAGCUUCAUUUAAUGGGAAGUGUGAAGCAAUCUGAAGAAGAGAAUUCUUCAAUGGAAAAAGAAAUAAACAGGCUUGUUAAUUUGCUAAAUGUGGCAGAGGAAGAAGCUUCUGCAGCGAAGGAGGAAGAAGAUCACCUGAAAAAUUCACUUAAGAAAGCUGAAUCAGAGGUGAUUUACCUAAAGGAAGUCGUUGGCAAAGCAAAGGCUAAGAGCAUGAGAUUAAAAGAGGGUUUAAUGGACAAAGAAAAUAACUUACAGAAUAUUCUUCAGGAGAAUGAGGAGCUACAAGUUAGAGAAGCUGCAUCUCUUAAGAAGAUCGAGGAGUUAUCUAAGUUGCUUGAAGAUUUACCUAAGAAGCGUGUCGAAGAAAAUGGUGAGCUUACGGACAGUGAAAAAGAUUAUGACAUGCUUCCAAAAGUGGUGGAGUUUUCCGAACAGAAUGGCUUGGUGGAGUUCUCUGAAAAGAAUGGCACAGAGGACGUGAAGCCUAAGAUGGAGCUCCAACCUCAACAGAAGGAGCAACCUGUAGAGGAGAAGAAGCCCGCGGAAGUUAACGACAUUUUGAACCAUGAAUCUGCUCAGAUUGCUACUGAAGUUGAGAACAUAAAUGGAAACCUAAAAGAUAACGGGAAUAAAGUAAAGGAAGACGAUGAUUCUACAGAUGUUGAUCUUAAGAUGUGGGAGAGCUGCAAGAUUGAGGAAAAAGACCUCUCUCCUGAGGGAGAGCCAGAACAGGAAUCAUUUGAGGAGGAAGUGGACUCAAAAACUGAGGGUUUUAAGAGCUACAACCAGGUCAAUGGGCUACCCUCAACAGAAAAUCUUAAUAAUGCUGGAAGUUCUGCAUCAAAACAACAGAGUCAGAAAAAGAAGAAACCCUUGUUGCACAAAUUUGGAAACCUGCUGAAGAAGAAGGGCGCUACCAACCAGAAGUAA